GCAGCAAUCAUCUUCAAACAGCGAUAACUCAAACUCCAAAAUCAAAACAAAAAUGAGGACAGCACCUCGCGGCCUCGCGGAUCAGUGAACCCCGUCUCAACGACUCGCCUCCCCAACCAAAAAAUUAUCUCCACUCGACUCAAUGUAAUAUCCCGACUGGAGGCUUCACGGCAUCAAUACCGUACAUAGGUACUGCUCGAGAGGUCACCAGAAGCCUUAGAACCUCGUGAAUUACGUGAAAAUUACACAAAACGUUACGCAGAAUGCACAUCCACAUGUGAGAAACACCGAGAAAGUCUGGGGGAUCGAGUAAACUGGUGGUUCUGGUGGUGUAAAAACCCGCUGCACUCGUGGACCCGCAAUUAAAAUGGAAGGGGUAUUCUGCGACAGCUGGAGGAAGUCACUGAUCAGCUGUCUAAUAUACGUGCACAAGUUCCCCACACGGAGAGAAAAAUUAUUGAUAAAUUACGUUCCUGUUCCCUAAUCUACCAGUCAAAACCGUAUUCAGUAAACAUGAGUUCCGUUCCUUUUCUUGAACUUUCUCGACAUUUUCCUGAAAGUUCCCUGAAAAAGUGCGUAACUGUUCCAUAAUUUUGGCCAAAUAUUGUUUUAACUGGAAAAUUACGGAACAGGAACGUAAUUUUUAAAGAAUUUUUCUCUCUAUAGACCGUUUCUUUACUUUCAUUUUAUUAAUUAAUUGAUUCAUACAACUUUCGAUGCUAGAUUUUUUCAGAUUCAAUAUUAAUUACAACUGAUAACUAAUAACAUAUUGUGCAUCAAGUGUGGAAAGUCAUUUUUUUCCACACAAGGUGCACAAACUCCAGAAUCACCGACAGAGAUCAGAUCAUGUCCGCACUCCGAAGGGAGAAUGCUAAUUGUUCGCUAGUGAAGAAAAUUAAAUUUUAAGCUGGCUCUGCAAAAGCCAAAUUCCACUAGUCAUUUUUAACAAAAAUAAGGUGCAACAUACGUAGGUACCAUUCGCCUUCAGACUAUCUCGGGUGAAUCGCCAAGUUAUUUUUCCUUGUGGCGCGUACGUGACAUCAUAAUUAAUACAAAUCUCAUCAAAACAUUAAAAUUUAUCUGACAAUUCUAUAUUUAACCAUUACGUACCGCUUGUUAAAUGAUUUUCCCAUUUCUUUAAAUAUUGUUCCGUGAAUUUCGAUAUAAUCGAUUCUGGUUAAUUAUUUGUUAAUCAGCAAUUUGAACUGUUCCAUAUUACUCCCGUUUUCAUAAUCACUUUUCGCGAAUUAUAAGCAACGCCUAAGAAAACAGAAAGAAAAAUUACGCGUUAAAAAAACAUUGAAUAUGAUUUAAACAAUAAAAGAUGAUGAAAAUUCAUAAUUCACCCAUAAUUAUCAAUUAUGGCCGGUGUUCGGUAAUUUUUAACGUCUUCGAAAUAGUUUUAGUAUAGCAUUCGCAGUUAAGUGACAUCUCCCCAUCAAUUUCAUUUUCAAAAUUCUCUACAUGACUGAAUUAUCAAAAUUAUAAUUUCACAGAACCCAAUCAAUUGUUUACCCUUCUUUCUACAGCUGUUACCCACAUCGUGAUGGAAAGAGUCACGUAAUCGACUGUGGCAGGUUAAAAUUAGAAUGGCGAUCGUCAGUAGUAAUAUGCGGAGAGCUUCGAAAUGAUUAGAUCGGAUAUUAGCUAAAAGCUCUAGGAAAUUUGAAGCGGGAAUCUCGUAUUGAGAUAUUAAGGACAAAGAAAAAAUCACCCCAUUACAUAACGCAACGGUGAUGGAUGAACCAAAAAGAAAUUUGAUUGAAAUCGUUAACGUCGUGAUUAUCUUGAGCUAGCAUUGAUGAAGACUACGAACAAUUAAUUACCACAAAAUGAAGAACUUAUUAAUAAACGAAACCUUAUCUUGAUCGUCAACAGGGGUUCAUUGACGUAUAAAUUAUGGAUAAUUAAUAUUGUUCAUCAUAAGGACGAAACGCGAUUUUUAAUUAUUUUUUAAUGAGCACAAAACAAAUUGUCUAGAAAAAUUCGUAUGCGAAUAACGAUUUUUAUUCGUAAUUGACAAUCAUAUUCGACGUGGACAGCAAAUUAUUGUACAGUUGGAGGAAAAUUUCCCUAACUUUCAGCCAGAAUUCCUGGAAAUUUCAGCAAAAAUCCCCUUCAAAUUGAAAACACUACUCCAUUUCUCGAGAACUUCUCUACUUGAAUCGCUGCGCAAAAAUCAAUGAAGAGUUUGUUAAGCUGAGUGGACAAUGAAUUAUGCGAAAUUAUUACCAGCGUACAGAUUGAAAAUCCGAAAUCAAAUAUCAGUGAUGAAAUGUUAUCAUCCUCAAACUAAAUUGACCUAAUUUCAUAGACACGUGAUCGUGCCAAGAUCCAUUCGCCAUUUACACUGAGAAUUAGACAAAUUUCGAGCCCAGUAACUAUUAAAAAUUGAUAAUGUCGGUUGAAAAUAUUCCAUACUAAUUCUCAAUAUUGACUUAUGAUUUUUGGCACGUUCACUUUCGGAGCCUCUCAUUAGUAUCACAUCAUAUAAUCGCAAUUGUCGUCAUAAUCGUCACAAAGUUUAUGGCUAGAAGGAAUAAAAGGAGAGGAGGGGAGCAUUGGGCCUCUAUAUAAGAAUCGCCAAAAAUCAUUCUAAGCACCGUUAUCAACUGUACAAUGAAAGUUUACGUAUUUCUCGCUGCAUUUGCAGCUUUCUUCGUCAGCCAAAAUGAAGCAGGGGUGGGCCCUGUAGUGGACUGGGUGAAGACAACAAUCAGUGAGGUCCAGGAAUCACUUGAGGAAUAUAAAGUUGUUCAGCUGAACCAGACUAGUCACAUUGUUUCAAACAAUUACAAGAAUGCCAGGGAAAACGCCGUCUCCAUCUCUCAAUAUAGUCUCGAACAGCGCAGAGGGGAUUUCAUGACAGCGAAAAAUGAAGGUAAAGACGUGAACAAAUGUCUCGAGCCAUUCAAUUCAGCCAACGAAGAAGCCCUAAAUAACCACGUUUCCAAGAUUGAUCAGUGCUUCGAUAAACAUUUGCCAAAUUUAACAGCUGUGGUUGACCAAAUUGUCAACCUACAAAUGGAAGGAAAUGAACUAGAAGAACGACUUGAAAGUGUCCUUGAAUUAUGCGAAACCAAGAGACUUCCGUUGGCAUGUCGUAUUACCCGUGUGCCCCCAGUGAAAAUAUCCGUCAUUGGCUGGCGAGCACGAUUUGGAAGAGUGCAGAGGGCAGAGCAGCGGGGGAGUUCUGCGGCUGAGAAAAAAAUUCCAAGAUGCAUCGCCUAUUCAUUAACUGAAUUUAAAGGAAAACUGAAUACCGCAAGCACGGUUGCAAAACGUUGCCUCGCUUCUCUCCCUAUUCUACCUACAACCACCAUUGCCCCUGUUACUACAGAAAAAUCCAAAGUCACGGAGGUAGUUACAGUAGCGUCUACAACGACUCGACAACCAACGACAACUGUCCAAACUCCUGUUACAGAGGCAUCUAAAGCAACAGAAGUAGUUACAGUGGCAUCUACAACGACUCCACAGCCAACCACCGUCCAAACUCCUGUUACAGAGGAAUCUAAAGCAACAGAAGUAGUUACAGUGACAUCUCCAACGACUCCACAACCAACAACCACCGUCCAAACUCCUGUUACAGAGGAAUCUAAAGCAACAGAAGUAGUUACCGUGGCAUCUACAACGACUCCACAGCCAACCACCGUCCAAACUCCUGUUACAGAGGAAUCUAAAGCAACAGAAGUAGUUACAGUGACAUCUCCAACGACUCCACAACCAACAACCACCGUCCAAACUCCUGUUACAGAGGAAUCUAAAGCAACAGAAGUAGUUACCGUGGCAUCUACAACGACUCCACAGCCAACCACCGUCCAAACUCCUGUUACAGAAGCGUCUAAAGCAACAGAGGUAGUUACAGUAGCGUCUACAACGACUCCACAACCAACAACCACCGUCCAAACUCCUGUUACAGAGGAAUCUAAAGCAACAGAAGUAGUUACCGUGGCAUCUACAACGACUCCACAGCCAACCACCGUCCAAACUCCUGUUACAGAAGCGUCUAAAGCAACAGAGGUAGUUACAGUAGCGUCUACAACGACUCCACAACCAACAACCACCGUCCAAACUCCUGUUACAGAGGAAUCUAAAGCAACAGAAGUAGUUACCGUGGCAUCUACAACGACUCCACAGCCAACCACCGUCCAAACUCCUGUUACAGAAGCGUCUAAAGCAACAGAGGUAGUUACAGUAGCGUCUACAACGACUCCACAACCAACAACCACCGUCCAAACUCCUGUUACAGAGGAAUCUAAAGCUACAGAGGUAGUUACAGUGACAUCUCCAACGACUCCACAACCAACAACCACCGUCCAAACUCCUGUUACAGAGGAAUCUAAAGCUACAGAGGUAGUUACAGUGACAUCUCCAACGACUCCACAACCAACAACCACCGUCCAAACUCCUGUUACAGAGGAAUCUAAAGCCACAGAGGUAGUUACAGUGGUGCCUACGACUCCCCAGCCAACGACCACUGUCCAAACUCCUGUUACAGAAGAGACGUCCCCCACGGAAGUAGUCGCUGAGCAAACCGUGAUCCCGGAGGUAUCGGAGGUUCCUAAAGAACCACUCAUCGCUGAAAAACUUGUAUCCGCAGCCACAGCUGCUGAACAAGUUCCAGAUGCUCAGAAACCUUUAACGUUACCCCCAUACUGUACGCCAAUCUAA